GCCACCAUUUGACAUCUAUUGCGAAAUGUUUUAAGGGGACGGGCCGUGUCGGCCAGUGUGAAUUGGCCUUAAGCAAAUGCUGAAAACGCAAUAAAUACGUGGAAUAUUAGAAGUUUAUAACUCUGUCGCAAUGGCAGUAAACAACGUCGUUCUGCGAUCACAUGACAAUCACAGUUUAAUGCUGACAUCGACAAAAUGCACAAAAAGCAAUGCUCCUCCAGAGAUUGUCUACUGUAUGGUGAAUUCAAAGACACACUGAGUAAAAACUGUUCGCAUAUCUUUAGUCGAAGAUCUUCGAUCCCGCCUUUUGAUUUGAAUGUGAUAUUUGUUUUGGCGGUUGCUUGUGUUGUGAUAACUUUUAUCAUCGAUUAUAGUAAUAGGGCUAUCGAAGAUAUCUAGUGGACGCCGGAUAGACAGGAGGCGAGCUGAAUAUGUUAUGACAUUGCCAGUCUCGAAGAACGGUGCAAACGUUGUGCAGUAACGUAGAAGCCGUAAGUGUGCUGAAAUAUUGGAAAUUUCUACAUACACAAUGACUGUCGAAAAUAGCCUAUCGCCUGCCACAUUUUAUGGUAAAAAACGUUCAAGAAAAGUAAAAGCAGUCGCAGAGAUAGAUGAGUAUGUGGUUGAAUACCGCCAUAGACUGGCGGACGCAAAUGAUCCAAGUAGUACUUGGAAAGUGUUUAGAAAACAAGAAGCAGCUUUAAAAUUUGGUAAUGGCAAGUGUGGUUUAAUGGUAUUUGCAUUUCAACACCGGUUGGGGCGUAGGAGCUUCCUGGUUGCUAAUCCAAAGGUAUUUUGGCAUUAUGACGUUCAGAGAAAAGUUCAGGAAAGAUGCUCUUAUGAGAUUAUACCAGAGCAUACGGUUUGCAAACUCUAUUUUGACAUCGAGUUUGACAAACUUUCAAAUAAAACCAGUAACGGGCCAAAAAUGGUUGAAACGUUUUUGAAGAUUGUAUUUCUUUAUCUUGAUAAAGAAUUAAAUGUAAAAGUUUCUCGAAAAAAUGUAAUAGAUAUGGAUUCAAGCACUCCUUCUAAAUUCAGUAGACACUUGAUAUUUAUCAUACCUAAUGCUGCAUUUCACUGUAAUUACUGCGUAGGAAAUUUUGUCAAAUAUAUUUGCCAAGAAAUUACACACAGCGUCAGUGCAGAUGACCAUUUACUGCGACAGUUUUUUCAGCUGUCAGAAUUAGAAUCAUUGUUUGUAUGGGAGAGAAGAAGUGAGACUGUCCUGUUUUGUGACCAAAGUGUUUACACUAAAAAUAGACAUUUUAGGGUAUAUGGUUCGACAAAAUAUAUGAAAAACAACCCAUUAGCAGCUAGUGAAGAAGAUCAGUUUAAAUCAACACUGAAAAAUCAAAAUGAAUUGGAAUUGUGGUAUUUUCUUGAGUCCCUAGUUACUUACUUUUCCAGUGAAGUCGGGAGAGUCCUGGAUUAUGAUUCAGACUGUGUAUCAUUUAAGCAAGGAAAAAAACUAAAAAGGCACUCAAAUUAUUCCUCUGCCUGUAAUUCACCAUAUCCUCAAAUCGACAAUUUUAUUAGUAAAGUUAUAGAUCCUGGAAGAAUUUGGCGUUGGGCCUAUUUCAGUUCUAAUGGGUAUAUUUCAUAUGACAUUAUUGGAUACAGAUUCUGUCAUAAUAUAAAUCGCGAACACCGGAGUAAUAACAUCAAAUACAUAGUGAAUUUGGCAGAAGCUUGUUUCUAUCAGAAAUGUCAUGAUCCAGACUGUAGAAGCUUCACUUCACAAACCUGGAAAUUGCCACCAGAGCUUGCUUUCAUUCUUGAAGAUGAUGAAAUAUUUAAUACAGAUAAAACAGAAGUUGGCUUUGGUGAUUUUGAAUUACCUGAUGAUGCUAUGAUAGGAAUUCUAGACAAUGUUGAAUUUGAUUUGGUAUAUGUAGGAGGAACCACAUAGUCAACAUAAAUGACAUAUUUGAAGGGAACAAGAAAGGAAGGAAACACUAAGAAUAUAAGCUGUGACCAACAAGUUAGGUUUAAAAAUUGUGUGCAAGUUCUAAGACAUAGGAAUUCUUCUUUUAUGGGGUAAAAAGUUUAAAUAUGUCAUAUGUAGGUUAAUAAAAUGGUGACAUUAUUUAAACUGAAAAACUUACUAAAUAAAUAACACUUAGGCUAUGUAUAUUAUGAAUGCAAAUGUGACUAGCAUGGAGGGAUGAAGGCAAAUGUGAUAUUGUGGAAGUUGCAGACUAUGAGAUUCAAAUAUGGUGUAAUGCUUUGCUUGGGGAAAAUUGUUUCAGAUCUUUUCGUGUAUACUACACUUUUCCACAUGUCCAUUACUUUACAUAAGUAGUGUUGAAGAGAGAAUCUUGUAAUUAAAAGUUGACUUAGGUCAUUGGUUGUGCAUAGAUGCUUUCAGAAAUUACCAAAUCAGUUUGUACUAUUUUUGUUAUUGUUUAAUACAAAGAUCAGGUUGUGAUGUAAAGGGUGUAAUACUAAACACCUCUUGUGAUAAGAUGAUAAAGCUUUAAGUAGAACUUAGUCUUUUCCUUUUAUAACAUAUAUAUUUUUAGGAGUAUGUUGUUACCCUAGACCUGUAAUUUGUAAGGAGGUUGAAAUAUUUCAGAAUCUAUUUAACUAUCAAGAUAAUUGCAAUGAAAAUAAAGAGAGUUAAAAAGUGAGUGGUAACCAUUGCAUGACUACUAAGUUUGAUGUUACAUUGCAUUACCAGUGGCAUUUUUGAUAUGUGUGUUUAUUAACAGAGAAUAUAAGUCACAAUAAAGUACUAGUAUGAAAAAUUGUUGCAGACUGCAUUACAGUUUAGACAGUAGAAUUUACUAUACGAAACUUCCAUUAUGUUUUCUUUUUUCAUAUGGAACUUGUUGCAGCAUAAGUCCUAAUUUGCAUCAGUAAAAUGAGUGUGUGUAUUUUACAAAUUUGGUAGCUUCAACAGCAAAACCCGUGAUUGAAAAUACAAAACUCACAAAGUCAUUAUGUAAUACUACUUGCAUUGAUGUUGUAUUAGUGCAUCCCCUACUUCUUGCUCUCUGUGAUUUAUUUUAUGAACUGUAAACAGUAAAAGAUUCACAUUAGACCCAGUUUGUACAGUUUGUCCCAAGGUACUCAAGACUUUGCAUAAUAAACAAUAAGCAUACAACUAAAACUUAUUUGCACCUCUUGUAUGCAUUUUGUUAAUUACAGUUGUUGUAUGUGUAUGCUAUACUUCUAGCUGUAUUGUAAAAUAUUUCUGUUCCUGUGCAGUAGGCCUACAUAGAAUUUUCUCUGGUUGUUCUGAAACUGUAGAGUGGGAGAGAACGCUAGGGCCUUCUGUGCAACUAAUCUUUUGUUUAUCGGUAUAUAUACUGGCAAAAAAUUAGAUGAUGAAUUUUGGCUACGCUAUUUUAUUUACAUUGGUGGUUCCAAUGGCAUACUUAGUCCAGCAAGUAAUUCUCAACUGUUCGUGGUUUUUUGCAUAAUUUUAUAUUGUUGCAACAGAAAUAAAAAGUUUAUGAAGAACUGGUUUAAUUCUUUGUUUUCCUCUUCCUAUAACCUAUAUACACAUUUGAAUGGUAUUUAUCAUCUCUUAUCACAAUUUUUAAAUAGUGCUCCCUUUUUUUCUUGUCUGUCAAUAUUUGUUUUCAGACUCAAUUUUUUUUAUAUAAUAUGCUUCUUUAGUUUUGAUAUUCAAAUAUCAUUUUUGUGUAUAGUAAUAUCUGACAAAAUUGAGCUAGUACAAUGUGCAACAUUUUCAGGAAGUAAUAAUGGAUUGUUGUGUGAAGUACUUCCUUCUUAAUUUUAUUUUUUGGAUGCAGACUCCUUUAAACAUUGCAGUAAAAUUUAUGUUCGCUGCCUUAUUCACUUGUGAUUUGCUCCAUUUACUCAGGGCUGAUCAAACUUAAAGGAGAGCAUGUUCAGGUAGAAGGCGAAAGGUCACUAUAGUUAUCAUUCCAUGUUAAAUUUUGCUUAAGAGGUAUUUAAUUUUCACUUCACUCAACUUAUGUUCUUGUUUCUUUCUAUCCACCUCUUUUUUAUGCAUUAUUGUUUGCACUUUGCAUAAGUACGUAAAACUUAAAUAUCCAGCUUCUUUCUAUGGGGAAUUAACACCAUAGAAAAGGUUUUAGAAACAGAAAUACGUAUAAUGCAAAGAAUUAAAUUGAAAAGUAAUUUAUCCUCUCCAUUAACCUCACUGUGAGUUCUUUAUGUAGCAUGGCAGCUUCUGUUGAGACAUCUUAUAGAUCCUUCUGUCAUCAUUAAACUUUAGAUUUAAGUUUCAAAUAAUUGGUCAUGAUUAAUGUAAAUCAAGAGUGAUGAACCGUACUGUGCUGGUACAAUCAACAGAAGUCAAAAUUGUAUAUUUCGUUCAAAGAUUGUAUCUAGU